UUUUACACGGAUAAAGAUUACAAAAUGAACUCCGCUAAAGGAAAGGUAAUUGACUGCUUCGUACACGUCAUUGUUCUUUUUUAAUCUUCCUUAAGGCUCAAAGGUCAUACCAAAUGCUGAAUACGUUUGAGUUGAUCUUCGGUAGAAAGCCGGCAUUUUUCACCUUAUUCCGAAGACGUUUUCUCUGGUUGUACUGACUAUAAUCUUGGAAAAUUUCAGCUUAAAGAUUUCCAUGAAGAUGUCAGGAGAGAGGUUUGUGUUGAACUCACAGUUUUGUGGCGUGGAGUGUUGUUGUUAGCUUUUCUAAAAUGGUCAAAUAUUGAUGACAUAUACCGUUUAGCGUUAGCUUGCUGUUAAACUUUUAUAUUAAUAUAAGCUUGAGCUUACCUGCAUCGAUUUUUCCGUGUUUUUUUACUUAGGCCGAAGAUUCAGUUAAAAAUUUCUUUCCCGACAGAGUUUUUGAGCUGGACAAACUUCUGAAGGUAACCUUUUAAGCCUUUUACCUUAAACUUGUUAAAGGUCACCACGUGUUGAGGAAAUAAUUUUAUCAAACGUUAAGUUAAAGCAUUAUUAAGUUUAGCUUUGUAAGUUUGGUUAUCAAAUACUGCUGUUUACUGCACUAUUAGCUGCCACUUAUAAAUACCCUGUCUUCAAGCUAGAAGGUCUUAUUUGAGGUUAUUUUAUUACCAUUGUAAUAAAUAUUCAUUAAUUUCUAUAUAUUCUUACUGUACUCAUGAUCAUCUAACGUUACUUAACUUACAUACAAUAACUAUUGUGGUUGAGGUCAAAGGAAAUGACUUAGCAAUAACUGGCCACUGGGCUAAUAUAUAAAAUUCUGGCCAGAAAUGAGCACUUUUUUCCAAGGAGGCUUCCUUGUUAAUAAGGUUUCCCUUUAUUGACUGGUUUAAAAGAGCAACAAUUAUAAUAAUGAAGUAAACAUACAAUAGACCUCUGCGAACACUCAAUAACAAUGACAACAAUCUACCAUUCCCCAACCCCCAAUGGGAAUGGCUUAGGACAUUAUGUAAAGUCUUACAUGAAGUACAUACUAUCAAAAUUUGCAAUCAUGGUUUUGAUGCCAGAAAUAAUCUUUGUCAUUUUUACUACUACAACCAGAAUCCUUAAAGGCUGGUUUUCACUAGCGACGGAGUCGGAGUCGGAGUCAUAAGCGGAGUCGUAAGAGCGCUUAUGACCUAGUGAAAAUCAAAAAUCGGAGUCGUAAGCGACGGAGUCAUAAGCGCGAUGGAAUUGGAGUCAGAAGAAUCAGAACGUUUCCAUUUUCUUCCGACUCCGCUUACGACUCCGUCCCUUACGUUCCACUUAUGAUCUAGUGAAAACCAGAUUGUCGGAGUCGGAAGCAGAAGCGGAAGGAUUAACCAAUCACAAUGCAGGUUCCCACGCUUUGUGAUUGGUUUGGUUCUUCUGCUUCUGCUUCCGACUCCGACAAUCUGGUUUUCACUAGAUCAGAAGCAGAAUGUAAGCGACGGAAUCGUAAGCGGAAUCGGAACGCUGUUUUCACUAGAUCAUAAGCUCUACGCUUCUGAUUACGACUCCGACUCCGACUUCGUCGCUAGUGAAAACCAGCCUUAAGGGUUUUGCUUUCUUGUGCAAAUUAGGGUUUUUGUUAUUUAAUCCACGCAGGGAUCACCAAAUUUAAAUAUGAAAGGAAAAACGUAAAGGAUACUGGUCGUAUUAGUAAAAUGACGCCAUCGUGCAAAUGGCCUAUUAGGAGGGGGUUUGGAAAAAACAGUAGUGUCCUUGCAGGUGUUCCUAUGUCCUCCUUCUCAUGCUCUCUUGUGUGCCGGAAUUCCCCUUCCCCUUCCCCUUCCCCUUUUAACUCCUUCAACACAGGCUAAUGCCAUCCUUGUUUCUCAAAUAUCAAUAAUGACAUUUUAUGUUAAUUUUUAGUCUGACAUGUUCAGUAAAGAUUCUAUGGAUAGAGUGCAUAAAGGUGUCACCAUGCCUGUCCACAAGAAUGACACACACAACGACGUGGAGGUAAUUAACAAUCAACCCUUUGAUUCUUCCUGUAGAAGGUAAAAGGUAAAGGUGCACACAAACCAAAGGUCCCAAACGGCUGGAGCUUAUCUCAGUUUCCUUACCAUGAAGCAUGCUUAGGAGUAUUGCUACUCCACCCUAGAUGGGAUGUUAGUCCAUCGUGGGGCUACCCCCAAGCAGUAUGUCGCCAGUACUUAUUUAUAUAUCUGGGUGAAGAAAGACAAUGUGGAGUAAAGUUCCUUGUCUACAUGUAGUUAUUUAGAUAAUAAAAAAAGGCUUUUUCCAAUAGUUUUUGUUGAAAAACCAUCUCCUUUGUGCAUACUGUUAAAGGAUUUGCCUAAUCUGGCCGGAUAGUUUGGAUUAAAAGUGAAAUUCACCUUACAUCGAGAAUGGUCUGGCCUGUCAGUGAUGACAAAUUGAAAGCGCCCAUAGUCUUCACAGCCUUCUCUAUACAUUUCGAAUGGUACCAACAAAGAGAAUAACUGGUUUUGAAAUUUAUUAUGACCUUUGUGUUUAUUGGCCAGUCACAUAAUACAAAGUCAUAAAAAUAGUAAUAAUCAUUUAUCAUUCUGAUAUCAUGGGUGUCAAAUUACUCCUUAAUUCUGGUGCGAAAUUUCACCAUUAAUUUACAAUUUCACAUGUGAAAUUACAUAUUCCAUAUGUGUCAGUGCCAAGAUGGUGGCAAAGUUUUUUAAAUGUUAUGAAUGAAGGUGUCGGGGCAGUAAAAGAUUCUUUAGAAAACCUAAACGUAUAAAAGAGCACAUAGUGGACAAAAGCAAGUGUGAAAUUAUUCCCUAGUUUCACUUGUCACCAUUUGAUUACACAUACAAAUCACACCUUGCUCUGAAUUAAUGGUACUGCUAACCGCCACCUGGUUAGCUCAGUUAGGAGAGUGCCGGUCUGCUGAGCAGGAGGUCACGAGUUCAAACCCCGGCCAGACCAACACUCAGGGUCUUUAAAUAACUGAGAAGAAAGUGCUGCCUUUGUUAUGACAUCUGCAAACGGUUAAACUUUUUAGUCUUCUCAGAUAAGGACGAAAAACCGUAGGUCCUGUCUCACAGCACUUUCAAUGAUCUGUUCUUGUGGGACGUAAAAGAACCCACACCACUGUUCAACAAGAGUAGCGGGUGUAGACCAUGGUGGUUUAGGGUGUGUGUGGUAGGGAUGGCACCUCUCAUGGGACCUAUGAGUCCUGUUCGUGCCCAUUCCCUCUGGGCAGGCCUGUGUCCAGAAAAGCUAGUAAAAAAAAAUAACCAAACAAGUUCAAUGUUUGUUUUAGACCACACAUAAAAAGAGAAAGCUGUCUGAAGGCCAUGAAUCAAAACACUUGCAAGGUAUGUAAGUAUAUUUUGUGUAAGUCCAACACCUAAACAGGGACUUUAGCUACCUGUGUACCAAUACCCAUGUGCAUAUUGAAAAUAACAUACACAAUGAAUAAUAUUAUUGAAAACAAGAUAGAAAAACAAAGCCAAAGAAGUAAACAGAAGGAAACUGAAUGAUCACUGAAUUAAAAAAAAAAUGCAAUUGCCUGUGUAACUCCUCUUCAAUAGAGUAACAAAGUGAUAACCUCACAAAAACGGAGUCUGUGAAAUUAUGGGAUUGGUUGGCAUACCCAGAAAAAACAUAAUGAAAAAUGCCCCCUGCUAAAAAUCAGCCUGUUAGUGCAAAUUAUUGGGGAAAAUAUAACCUCCAUUAUGCCUUGAUGACUUUAUAUCCAUUCUUCUAAAAAAGGUUAAGUUUUAAGGUUUGUUUACAGUGAAAAGUGCACUUUCCAGCUAGUUUAUGGGCACUCCACUCAAAUAAUUAGAGACAAAUAAUCUAAACAGAACAUAACAGGAUUAAAAACAUCAACUGGCAGGAGGCAACCAGUUGGCUAUUUUCAAUUGUGGCCAAGAAUUUGAACUCAGGAUGACCGAGAACAAAUCCAGCAAGGGACCAGAGCUGGACUCGAACCCAGGAGUCUAACAAGCUGACCAUUCAGCCAUGCUGCCUCCUAUCAGAUCAUUAUACAUUUCUGGGAAACUUCCCACCUACCCUUCCCUAAGCCAACAUUAACACUUACCUCUCACUUAGGGCAAAUUUUGGCUUAGGGGAGGGGUAGGUGAACAGAUUCCCAGAAAGAUAUUGUGAUCCCUCCUAUCCAGGCCCGUUUUAGAACAAUUUAUAUGGAGUUGUUAAUCAUUAAUCAUUGUUAGUUUACAUUUAUGUAGAGUUUAAAAUUUGCUCGAACUUAACUAGGUUUUAUUAAAUUACCAGCGUAUAUAUGAGGAACUUUCCAGUAGUGUAACACUAACUGUUGAUGGUGUCCUCUCCUAUUUAGGCCAUCAAACUCAUAUCCCUUGUAACAAGGUGAGUCUUGGUGAGGGGACAUGAAAAUGUUUUGAAGUGUAUGAUUCACCUCUAGAUUCUCUGUGUGGUAUUAAUGUAAAGUACGUAAUGUGCAAGUUUGUGAGGUGGCUGCCAUGAUCCUCCAAUAUUUUAAUGUUGAACUCUAUUUGGUCAGAUACUACAUUACAGUGUUUUUUGUGUGCAUUCUUACACUAUACUAUCUAUUACAUGUGUCUGUACUUUGUACAAGUAGUUGUUUUUAUAGUUUUUGGACCUAAAAAUGGGAUUAAAAUAAUGGCAUUUUUAAAAUGUGCAGGGAUCUUUUGAACUGAAACAUUAAAGUUUUGCUUACAAUUUGCUUGCCAUAUUGUCAGUUAGGUACCCUUUUUUCCAUCUGUCUGCACAAACAUCAUGUGAAAUGUUCAUAAAAUUUCUGGUGUUUCUCUUUUUAUGGGAUAUCCCCAGUAAAAUGUGCAUUCUUUUAUGCAAAGAAUGGACACCUACCUAUAUGAGAUGGAUAUUUCCCAUAAUUGCAACAAAAGAGUUAGGGAUACUGAGGAGCUGACAAAACAUGACAAAGCAUGUAGCAUAACUGGGCAUGUAAUAGAUUCUUGUUAUUUAAAACAGUAUUAUUAUUUUUUUAGUAUAUUCUGCAAGUAAUUGAAGUCCUCAAACCCAAAAUACAGACGUUGAUGGAGAAAUGCAACACGGUAAGUUUGUUUCUAGAGUAUUUUUCAACCCUGUAAAGUAAUCCAAGUUUAAUGAUAAGUAUCGGAUUUCCUUUGGAUAACCCCGGUUUCACUCCAAAUGGUGGCCAUUGUCAAACAUUUACAAAAUUCCCGGAUUCCCUUUUUUGGUGAGUGUGCAUAAUUAUUGCAUAAAUUAUUAGUCAUAGUUUCUCAACUCCUUAACAGUGUCUCCCCACCACUGUUGUAGAACAUCAAUAGGAAAGAUGAAUAAGGAUAUUGAACUUUAGGUGAAGACUGACCUGUUUUAAGGUAAUGUUUCGCGGGACGAAUUUGCAACGACGAUUUUAUGCACAACACAGUGUUACAACAUUGUUGCAACAUUGUUUCGAAAGGCUGCAACAUCGUUCCAACAUUUGAACCCUGUGUUGUGCUAAAAAUCGUCAUAGCGGAUCGUCUUGCAUAAGAUCACCUUUAGGAAGGUUACCAAUUUGUGGAGUUGUGUAAUAAAAGAGAGCUAACUACUGGGGGGGGGGGGGCAGUGAGGAAAAUUCAUAUGUUGAUACCGGUACUUACCAUGAGGGGUGUUUGUUGUUAGGUGAAGAUGUGGAUUCAGUUAUUAAUCCCCAGAAUAGAGGAUGGAAACAACUUUGGUGUCUCUAUCCAGGUAAUUUUUCUUCUGUCAAUACAAAUGCAGCUUAAUGCCAGAUAACAUGUACAUUUUUUGCACCAAUCAAGGUUAAUUACCAAAAAGAGUUUGAUGCCAUAAACUGAUGUGAUACAACUCACUUUGACUCUGAAGAUGACUAGCGCACAGGUUGUUGAAACGUCAGUCACUGUCAACAACAACAGUCCUAUUCAGGACUUUGUGCACCCAAACGAUCAUACUCAACCUACUUAUUUAAUUUAUGCCUAAUUAGUUCCACUGCUUUUGAGUUCAGUGAACCCCAGUAACUCGAACCUUCUAGGGAAAUUCCAAAAAAGUGGAAGUUAUCUGGAGCUGGAAGCAAAUAACCGAAAAUAAGGAAAUGGGAUGGGGAAGCAGUGCAAGUACCAUGCAAAGUUUACUUCAGGGGCAACAAGAGAUUUAUAAAAUAAUGAUAUUUUGAAAAAGGAAUAAAGCAGCAAAGCUUGAUCACUAUACAGGGCUGGACAUUGUAUUUAAAUUGGACUGAAAAGAAAGGUAUAACAGACAAAGAAUACAGGAUUGACACAGAUGUUUUUAAAUAAAUUCAGUGUAUUGGACAUAGAUGUUUUUUUUUUUUUCCGAUUUGCCACGCGCUUAAAACAUGGUUUGAGAGAUCAAGGGUAAAAUUAUAUGGAAAUAGGGUUCACACAGUCUUGAAAAGUCCUUGAAUAUUAGGGGAAGUCCUUGAAAAGUCCUUAAAUUUCUGUGCAAGUCCUUGAAAAGUCCUUGAACUUUCUUUACCUGUGAAUGUAGUAGCCUGGACAGAGUUUUGAUGCUUUUUGGUUGUCCAAGACAGAAUAUAAAUCAUAGCUCAGAGAAUCUAAUAUAGUCCUUGAAAAGUCCUUGAAAAUGGUUGCAAUUUUUUGUACGAACCCUGGGAAAUGAUCUGAGGGGAAACAAAAAUUACUUCGAGUUAGCGUGGGUGCAAGUUAUUGGGAGUCAACUGUACAACAAAGGUUGCAUCUGCCAUCUUUUUAAGUCUCAGCCACAUACCAUUAUGCUGGUGCUCACAUUGCCAGGAGUAACUGUGAAUUUUUCAAUUCUCAUAGUUACAUUUCUCUUUUCUCUCCCUAAUGUAGGAGGAAACUCUCAGUGAAGUACAGAGAAUUGAGGGAGAAGCAGCAACAUUCUUGGACCAGAUUUCAAGGUACACUAUUACACCUUCAUGCGUGACAACCUGUUGUUAGUGAACACCGAUUCAGAAUAACAACUGAACAUGUUUUUCAGCCAAAGCACUAUAAAUACAGCCUCUCAGAAAAGAUCGCCUUUUAUAAUUGUUAUUGCUGUGACCACUAUUGAGAAGAACAUGUAAAAACCUCUUAUUAGCCGAGUUUUCAAUCCAUGCUGUAAAUUACAGAACGCUUUUUUUCCAUUGUUUUAUGGGCCAAUCGUGAAGUGUGUGGGCCACAAAUUGAUGUCCAUAAUUAACAGUACGGACCAAAAAAAACGUGGCCAAUAAAAUGUUUAUUAAAUGGCUUCCUGUUUGGGGGAACAGAAAAAAGUGCUGGACAAGUGAUUUAACAGUUAUUUGACAGGCGUCAGAAAGCAAAAUUUUUAAUUGGCUCAAGGAAACAAUAGCACAUUACAAAGGCUUUUUGCAGUGUAAGAAGCCUCUCAAAAAAAGAUAAAUGAAGCCCGCAGCUUAUUUUCCGGAAUGUUUUGGUAGAUGGUGAUGAAGUUGUAUUGAAUAUGGCACUUUUGAUAUUUAUUCAACUGCUCAAAACGUACAAUUACCAUUCAUUUGCAGAUAUUACAUCACAAGAGGAAAGAUAGUUUCCAAGAUCAUAAAAUACCCUCAGCUGGUAAGUGCUGAACUUUGUUCAAGUGUAGUGAUGUUGUAUGAUGAUGAUGAUGAUGAUAUUUGUUCUUAUGGUUAUUGGUAAUUAUUAUUGUUAUUAUUACAGUAGUAUUAUUUUGAUUGUGCGCAUUGAGCACUCUAUGAGUGUUGACAUUUGGAACUUUUAGUUAUUCUGUCGUGAAUAAAACACUGAAAUUCAUUUAAUAAUUAAAAAUUCCUGGAUCAGUUUGAGCGUCAUGUGAAGAAUUAUGGAGAUUGAGGAGGGUGUUAUCCACCGAGGCCUAUUACGCCUGGGUGGAUGACACCCUCCCCUCUGUGGGUCUAACAAAGGUCGUCAUAACUACGAACUAGUUGCUUACGAGAAAGAUCGGAAGGAGAGCUUUGACUGUAUUUAUACGACAAGGGAUUACAAAAAUAUAUAUAUAUAUAUGCAUAUGAUAACUCUACGUGAAUAUGGGGAGAUUCGAUAUAACCCUAUUCUGCUACACUACACUGAAAACGGCUGUUUAGCAGACUAAUACAACCCCACUAUCUACAAUACUGACAGCUAUUUUCGUAGGAUGACUACCGGCAAGCUGUUAUGGAGUUAGACGAAAAAGAGUUCACUAGUCUACGCCUCUGUUGCUGCGAACUUCGAAAUCAUUAUGUAAGCGAACCUAUUAAUGCUGCAGUGUUACUUGAUUUAGGGCGUGUUCGAUUGACUGUAUUCCGGAAUAGGAAUAAAUCGGAUAAACUCUAGAAAUCACUUGUUUUGGCAUUCAGUGCAUUGCAAUAGCCAGUCCAAACAUUGUGGUACAAGAGAUUUGUUACAAAGCUUUGGCGUAUUCUUAUUCCGUAGUACGAUCACUCAAGCGCACCCUUAAUUGCAUUUCGGGCGACAAGAGGAGCCCGCCCGCAAUCCUAAUCUCCGGGUUGUUACGCAUGCGUCGCAUGUAUGUCGCCAGAAUUCGUUUGGACUUCCACUAAGAAUGAAUGGAAGGCACAGAACGCAAUUUGAUCACGCGCGUUUGGACCUUCCAUCACUCGUAAUCUGAUCACGCGUGAUUUGACGAUAUGUCACGCGAAACUUACGCAAAGCACAGCGAUGGAGCAAAGCGUUUUGACCUUCGAUCGUUGUCGCCCGCACUCCGUAGUCUUUGGUUAUUACUAGUAUACCCUCAAUAAACAUCUUAUUAAACGUAAAAUGCAGUCUGCGUAUUGCCCAACUACGCAGGCAUUUCAGUAGCUUUUUCCAUAAGUGCCUGCUGAUGAUGGAAUAGGCAGCUGUGCAUGUGACCAGGUAAAGGGGGCGUUAAGAAUCUUAUGGAUAAAACUUCAACAAAUGGAGUGAGAGCCCCUAUCGGCAGCAGGUAGAUAGGUAGACCACUGCUAACAGCUUUUAUUGAAACCCCGCUGUUUAGAAAAAAAGUUGUGAUGGUUGUGUAGUUACAGACCUUUAGAUUCGAGGACGACUGCUAGGACGAGUUUUGAAUUCAAGAGUUUUUUGCGUAUUCUUGAAAAAUAGACACCCGGAAAGCUUCAUUCAGUGGUACUUCGAUCUAACGAAGGGCCAAGGGACUGUCAAAAUCUGUUCGCUAUAACGAGGUUUCGUUUUAUCGAGGUUCUUUUUCAUAUAUUUUACUAUUACUGGGGCAAAAAAAUUUCGUUCGUUACACCGAGAACUUUGUUAUAUAGAGGUUCGUUAAAUCGAGGUUUCACUGUUUUACGUUUUUCACCAGAAGAAAAUAACGCGGUUAUUGAAGUAGGAUACCAAGGUAAUCUCUCUCCUGAUCGCAAAAUGAUAAAACUUCUGAGACUCCUAACAUUUGAUGAAUUUGUUUCCGUCACUGCGACAUUCUCGCUAAAUCCCGUAGUAUCUCGUUUUCCCGCGAAAAAUGCCGCUUUUUCACGCGCGGGCACUACUUAGUAUUGAGAAAAUCUCGUUCUCGUAGUCGUGCUUGUUUUAGAUUCUGAGGGCCUGUUUACAUGGAGGUGGGGACCCCGGGUAGGUGAGGUAACCCGCUUAGGUGGGGUAACCGGUUUGUCCAUAUAAUCUCUCAUUUUUAAUUUGAUCACGUUUACAUAAUAGAUGGGGUGACCCGCCGCAUGUUACCUCACCUAUCUGGGGUCCCCCACUUCCAUGUAAAUAGGCCCUUAAGGUCUCUAGUAUUAAAUGUACUCCCUUUGUUUUUAACAGCUCUCUCUCCAUGAUACCAUCACAAAGAACUUGGAUAAAAUCAAGAAACCUCGCACAAACAACGCAGAUUCACUUUACUGAAUAGCAUUGAGAAAGCGGCAUUGACUGUCUUAUUAUUUCUGUGGUACUUGCAACUAAUAAACUGUGAAACUUUUAUUCGAGAAAGUUUACGAUGAAGUCUUUGUUUAAACAUUUUUACCUGACCAGUGAUAUAAACAGAGCCUAUUAUUUUAUUUUAGAUAGUCUUGAGCGUGUAUUUUAGACUUGCCCUCUUAGGCAAGUUACUGUAACGUAGACAAAAUGUGUUAUUUAUCUUAACAAAUUAGUGUCAAAUUCCCUCUUAGCUAAGUCUUCAAAAGUCCGUUUAUUUUGUAAAUAAAUACAGUGGAACUCUGAUAACGUUUGUUAUGAUGAGGGCAUGUUGUACUAUAAGGUCUGUUCCAUUUUACAAUAACUGGAGUGAUCACUGCCCUAAGGCCUCUUCACCCCUAACAUUGCUCGGUAAGUUUCUGUUUGCUUUUGUCAUUUUCCGUUAAAGCUAUUUUAGAACGGAUCUGCCUUGGACGGCCCCCAAAAUUUGAAGCUGCAUAUUAUUUUAGCACCAACCGGAUGCCCUAAAAAUAAUCGCAUGAAAUUGUUGAUUUUCUGAUUUGCAAUUUUCGGGCAGAUACGAGUGAUGUAUUUAAUAUCUGUAAAUCCUUCAAAUAAAGUUCACGGAAU